AUGACGAUUAUUGUUGACUGUAAGCUUUGUGUAAUGGCUUUAAUAAGCUUUUCGUCGGCAGCACUUUGUCCUAACAAGGCCAAAUGGAAUUAUCCAGUGUUUUGGAUUGGCAUACCAGGGAACUAUGGAUGUGAAAUUUUUUCAGCAAAUGGACGCUCAAGUAGGGCGAAUACUCUUUUGGAAUGCCCGUACACUAGAUAUCGAAUUUAUGAAUCAUUGACAAUGAAUGGUUAUAAAACGAGUCACGAUUCGCCAACUACCGCUACUCGAAUGUCGGCCUCUACCGGCAAAAGUUUCAAUGGCUGCUUGGUACAAUCUAAUAACCCAAUUUCAGUUGUGGCCGUGAAUAAAAAUGGUGGUCUGAUUGGAGGAAGCCAGUUUCGGGAACUGAAAGAACUGGGAAUAGAAUAUUUGAUAAUGACUGCAAACCCGAACAUUUCUACCAAACCGGAGUUCGCCAUCAUGGCGGCUUUUACUGGUACAAAAGUCAGCGUGCGACUUCCUCUGGUACGCCCAAUCUCUGUUAAUUACGGCGGUACGACCUACACCACUGGCGAUUGGAUUAACGAUACCUUGAAAGAUUUUCAAACCAUGAGGAUAGUAACGAAUAAAAAAGAUUUAACCGGUUCUUACGUCGUGUCGGAUAAACCGGUUGCAGUUGUGGCUGGAGACUAUGAAACCAAAGUUCCGAUUGGCGAAACAUUAGUGAGUGGACACGUGGAAGAAUCCAUGCCACCAAUACAAGAAUUGGGUAGAGAUUACAUUGCAGCGCCUCUAAUUCACACGAACUAUACCUGCUCGUUACGAAUAUUGGCUGUCAGGAACAUCACAGAUGUUACAGAUGUAACAAUAUCGAACAUAACCGACACGACAGGAUUCGCCGUUUCGAUUCCUUUCAAUGACGUUUAUGAUUACGACUUCAACUGCGAACUCCAACUUAUUCGUUCUAACCAAGAAAUUAUGGUCGGACUGUUCACGCAAACUGGGGGAAUAGUUGGUGGGAAACCUUCGUAUUUUGUUUUGACACCGUUAGAGAAAGCGGGAAAUGUAGCGUGGUUUGGUGUGCCCGAUUAUUAUGGUUUGAAUCUGUACACCGCUUUUGAGCACAAUUACGUGAACGUUAUUGUGAAGGCUUCUGAUGCUGGUGGAAUUCGAGUUAAGAACUCAGGAAUCACAUCUCAUUUCCAUCAAGACAUUGAUGUUGAUGGAGAAACCUAUUCCGCAUACUCCGUACCAGUUAGUGCAUCUUCUUUCGAUGCUCAUUGGGUUCGCCAUACAUCAGGGGGUAAAUUUAUAUGUUAUUUUGAAGCGAGGAAAAACGACUGGAGAUCUUAUGGAUAUACCCUAAUACCAUAUCAACAGGGACCAGAUUUUCUAUUUUGGGAUGCAGAUUCUGAUGAUCACGUUACUGCUAUAAAUAUAACAUACAAUUCAAACACUAAAUUAACUUACAUAGGGGUUUACAGGGUAGCAUAUGUUAAAAAAUUCGCGGAGGAGGAGUCCCAAUCGAUCCAAUUAAGUCCAAGUCCAGAUUUAAAUGUCAAAAGUUAUGAAGCAACCAACAACCGACAAGCAAAAUCAUUUGAUCCAUCCACCAACGUAGUUUUCACUGACACCAGCAGAGCCGUUGCCAUAAACAAAUGUAAGAAAACAUCAUGUGACUUGGUCAGCUGUACUGAAACUAAUACGUGUACACUUUUGUACACUCCACAUUAUUGUGAAGUUUAUGAAACACCUGGUUCGGCGUUUUAUAAAUCUUCAGAAAAUGAAGAGUCCUGUUCUGCACCGCCACCAUCCUGA